UUUGUCACAUAGUUGUCAUCUGGUCGUCGUGCUAAACACGUUUUCGUCGAUGUUUUGUAUUUCCCAACGUUUCCAUAAAUAAUUACAAAACUAUUAAAUAUUUUCGUUCAACAUGUACAGUUCAGAUAGUGAAAACGAUAACCUUACCGAUUUGGAGCAGGAAGAUCAAAUGGAAGCCGGCUCCAGUACGGAUGAUCAACAGAAUGGUGCCGGCGACAAUGAUCCAAGUGAUAGUGAUGAAGAAAUAGCCGGGAAAGCUGAGUCUGAUGAGAAAUCUGUUACUUGGGAAGAAAUGGGUUUGAUUGAUACCUUAUGCGAGGCAUGUCGGGCGCUGAAGUGGAAGGUCCCAUCAAAAAUUCAGCGCGAAGCAAUUCCAUUGGCUUUACAGGGAAAAGACAUUAUCGGACUGGCAGAAACUGGUUCAGGCAAAACCGGAGCGUUUGCAUUACCUAUCUUGCAGGCUCUGUUAGAUAAUCCACAACGAUACUUUGCAGUUGUUUUAACACCAACUCGUGAGUUGGCUUAUCAGAUAUCAGAGCAAUUUGAGGCACUUGGUGUGUCCAUAGGAGUCAAAUGUUGUGUAGUCGUCGGUGGCAUGGAUAUGGUUUCACAAGCCCUUCAGUUGGCCAGAAAGCCCCACAUUAUUAUCGCUACGCCCGGUCGGUUGGUAGAUCAUUUGGAAAAUACGAAAGGAUUCAAUCUGAAGGCAGUCAAGUACUUGGUCAUGGACGAAGCUGACAGAAUUUUGAAUUUGGACUUCGAGGUUGAGCUGGAUAAGAUUCUAAAGGUUAUUCCACGGGAGAGAAGAACGUUCUUGUUUAGCGCCACAAUGACAAAAAAGGUGAAAAAACUGGAGAGGGCAUCACUUAGAGAUCCAGUAAAAGUGGAAGUUUCAAGCAAGUAUCAAACAGUGGAUAAACUUCUGCAGUACUAUAUUUUCAUUCCGGCCAAAUAUAAAGAUGUUUAUCUGGUUCACAUCUUGAACGAACUAGCUGGAAAUAGUUUUAUGAUAUUCUGCAGUACCUGCAACAACACGGUUCGUACCGCGCUCAUGUUGCGAGCUCUUGGUUUGGCCGCAGUGCCAUUACAUGGUCAGAUGUCGCAGAAUAAUCGACUUGCGGCAUUGAACAAGUUUAAAGGUAAAAAUCGUCAGAUUCUUAUCUCAACGGACGUGGCUUCCCGGGGUCUAGACAUACCGCACGUGGAUGUGGUUUUGAACUUUGACAUCCCCACUCACAGCAAGGAUUACAUCCACCGGGUGGGUAGAACGGCACGAGCAGGGCGUGCAGGAAAGGCGGUCACCUUUGUAACGCAGUACGACGUUGAGUUGUACCAGCGGAUCGAACAUUUGCUUGGCAAGAAGCUACCACAGUUCAAGUGUGAGGAAGACGAGGUAAUGGCUUUGCAGGAGCGAGUUAGUGAAGCCCAGCGGACGGCACGACUCGAGCUGAAGGACAUAGAAGAUCGAAAGGGUAGCAAACGUAAGAAUCGUGGACGGGGUGAUGAUUCGGAUGAUGACGAUACGGAACAGUUCAAUGGAGCUCGGAAGCGGAUAAAGCAGGGCGGGAAAGGAAAAGGCAAAUUUAAGAAAUAAAGUUCGACUUGUCGUGUGGGCUCUGCGUAACAA